AGCGGAGUCUGCCCCGCCCACUUGUCUUGCCUCCCUCCCUUCCCAUGCAGUGUAUAUUUAACACAUACGCCAGUGUUAUAUCGAUAUAAAAGUAUAUCGAUAUAUAUAAUAUCGAUAUCGACACCACAACGCCCAAUCUCCUUCCGUUUGCGACAAUCAACCACGUAUCCUUCUUCUUCUUCUUCUGCCCAACCUAGCCCAUUGUUUCAAAUUUUCAACCAGGAUGCCUGCUGAGGCUCCUGCCAUCGGAAUAGACCUGGGCACCACCUACAGCUGCGUGGCCGUGUGGCACCAUGACCGGGUGCAGGUCAUCGCCAACAGCCAGGGCAACCGCACCACCCCCUCCUGCGUCGCCUUCACACCCACGGAGCGGCUGAUCGGCGAUGCGGCCAAGAGCCAGGUGGCCAUGAACCCGCACAACACCGUGUUUGACGCCAAGCGGCUGAUCGGCCGCAAGUUCAGCGACCCGGUGGUUCAGGAGGACAUGAGCCACUGGCCCUUCAAGGUCGUCCAGGGGCCGGAGGAUAAGCCCCUCAUCCAAGUGGAGUACAAGUACGAGACCAAGACCUUCGCCCCCGAGGAGAUCAGCAGCAUGGUGCUGGGCGCCAUGAGGGACACGGCGCAGUCCUUCCUGGGUGCGGACCGGCGUGUGCGGCAGGCGGUCAUCACGGUGCCCGCCUGCUUCAACGACUCGCAGCGGCAGGCCACCAAGGAGGCGGGAACCAUUGCGGGACUGGAGGUGCUGCGUAUCAUCAACGAGCCCACUGCGGCCGCCAUUGCGUACGGCCUGGACCAGAAGGCUGGUGAGCGGCACGUGCUGAUCUUCGACCUGGGGGGCGGAACCUUCGACGUGUCGCUGCUGGCUAUCGACGAGGGCAUCUUCGAGGUGAAGGCCACCAGGGGCGACACGCACCUGGGAGGGGAGGACUUCGACAACCGCUUGGUGGCGCACUUUGUGGCGGAGUUCAAGCGCAAGCACGGCGGCAAGGACCCGAGCACCUGCCCCCGCGCCCUGCGCCGCCUGCGCACCGCCUGCGAGCGAGCCAAGCGGGUGCUGUCCUCCGCCACCCAGACCACAGUGGAGGUCGACAGUCUGUUCGAGGGCAUCGACUUCAUGGCCAGCCUCACUCGCGUCCGCCUGGAGGAACUGUGCAUGGACCUCUUCCUCAAGUGCAUGGAGCCGGUGGAGAAGGUUCUCCGCGACGCCCAUCUGGACAAGGGGCAGGUGCACGAUGUGGUGCUGGUGGGCGGCUCCACACGCAUUCCCAAGGUGCAGCAGCUGCUGCAGGACUUCUUCCACGGCAAGGAGCUCUGCAAGUCCAUCAACCCGGAUGAGGCGGUGGCGUACGGAGCUGCCGUACAGGCCGCCAUCCUGACCGGCAGCGGCGGUGAGAAGUUGCAGGACCUGAUAUCGCUGGACGUGACUCCAUUCAGUCUGGGCAUUGAGACGGCGGGGGGGAUCAUGACCACCCUCGUCAAGCGCAACACCUUCAUCCCCACACGCACGGAAGAGACCUUCUCCACAUACUCCGACAACCAGCCGGCAGUGCUCAUCCAGGUGUACGAGGGCGAGCACGCUCGCACCCGCGACAACAACCUGCUGAGCAAGUUCGAGCUGAGAGGCAUCCCGCCCGCACCCCGGGGUGUGUUCAAGUUCAAGGUGCGUUUCGACAUCGACGUCGAUGGCACCCUGCGUGUGACGGCGCAGGACGAGGCCACAGCAGCAGCGCCAGUCGGCCCAGGUGUAGGGUCGGGAGCCGCUGCCGCUGUCGCGGCACCCGCCACCCCUCCGGUGCGGCUGCAGCUGAUUCGCAGGCAGCUGUCGUGCCCCGCGGAGGAGCUGCUCGCGGCCGUACAUGUUGCCCCCAAGCACUCUGCCCUGCCCAUGCACACCACCACGGGAGCCGCUGCCGCUGCCGCCGCACCCGCUGCUGUCACGGCACCCGCCACGCCGCCAGGUCCCCGGACAGGGUCUGCGGCUGUUGUGGCGGCAGCAGCAGCCCCGUCUGCCGCCCCAAGCGGCGACGCAGCCGGUGCGAUUCCUGCCCCAGCUGGGGCAGCUGGCCCUAGCUGGGAUGCGGCACUAAGGAAGGCAGUGGCGGCCACCAUCCGCCUGCAGAUAGCGGCCCACGUCGGCGUGGGGACAGGGGAGGCGAGGACCAUUGCCGAUGCUGCAGCCGCCGGAGCAGCCUCCAUGGUUGCUGUGCUGCUGCCAGUUAAUGGCAUGAACGGCGCAGGAGGCCGCAGCAUGGGGGCGGGGCAGGCGGCGGAGGCGGGCGGGGGAGGUGACGGAGGCGGAAUCCUGGGACGUCGAAUGCGCGAUGUAGGGGGCGAGUGUGGGGAGCACGAUGAGGAUGGUGGGCAGGUGGGGAAGCGGCAGCGCUGAGGUGGCAGAUAGGGCAAGCACGGUGAUAGGGUGGAACACAGCAAGCAACGGUCUGGGGGCUGCUGCUGACGGUGGGUGGCCGGGUAAAUUGAGUUGCUUGUAGAAGUAGUUGAGGAGCUGUGAAUGUGCGUGAAGUAGGGACAUGAGAAGUGAGGUGGGGGAGGAGUGCCCGGAUUGGCGUUCACUGGGGGCUUCAUGGUCGUCCAGAGCAGCGCUUGGUUGGGUCGUCAUGGUGUGCCGUACGGAGUAGGUUUGGCGGUCCCCUUGCUGGGGAUAGAUGACGGGCAGUGUAGUGUACGGAGUGGUUUGGCGGCCCGACUGAAGGGGUUCGGGGCGACCCGUUGACGGGUAGUGCAGUGCGGAGCAGGAGCAGGAGCAGGAGCCCGGCAGUGCGACUUUGGGUUGGGGUCGUGAGUGAUGGGCGCAGCUUUGCAUACCGGUACAGUGAAGCAUGUUGUCCGGUAGUCCGGUAAAUUGCUGCUGUAAAUUACAACGCUAGCGCAACAGAGGCUAUCUAACAGAGCAAGCAGGUUUGAACUGCUGUGCAAGCUGUCACUUCUACGCAAAGUUCGGGUCGCAAGGCCGCCUACGCCAUCUCUAAUGGCAUGUAAUCUAGUCCAGUAGUGUAAAUUUAGC